AGUUGUGACCUGUGAGUUUGUUGUUGAUGAGAAACACAAGAAAAGAAAGUCGACAAAGCUUCAAUUAUAUUUAUAUUCUUUCCUUCUUUUCUUCUUUAUGCACACAGACAAACCCUCAUAAAUUUAAAAAGAUUUUCUUUCUCCCCUUUUCUCUCUCGCCACCCUCUUCUUCUUCGUCCUCUCUCUCUUUUCAAAAAACCAGGAGAAGCAAAAAACCGUCAGUGAAUACACUAUGACUUCCCCCGAUGACAGUGACGGCGGCUGGGUCAACCUCGCCAUGAACGACGAGGCGGCGGUCGUCGACCUUCUUCUCCGCCUCAAGCACUCCGCGCCGCCUCCGCCGUCGAAGCGCAGUAGUAUUCACAGCUUUCCGACUUUGCGGUGGUGCGUAAGGCAGCGCCGCUCCAGGAACGUGCCACGUCGCCACCAUGCCGACGACGUCGAUGCUGAGGACAGAAAGAGCACGAAGGGUGAGUCGAGCGGCGCCAGGGCCAGCCCCACCACGCCACUUUCCUGGAGCGGUGCCACUUCGGCUGGCGGCGUCGACGGCUCCGAAGAGUCCAGCAAGCUGCUUAAGCCGACCGAUGCCGCGAGAUCUAAGGUUGCUGUUAGAAAUGAAUCAACCAUCUUCAAGAGGCCAAGAAAGAAGAAGACUUUAGCUGAAUUAAAAGAGGAGGAGAGUCUGCUGUUGAAGGAAAGAAGAAAUUUGGAAAAUGAAUUGGCAACUCUACGCCUCACUGUUGAGAAGCAGAGGGCCACAAAUGAAAGCUUGAAAAAAGUGAAGCUUGAGUUGCAGUUGCCGCAGACAAAAAUGAAAGCUACAACACCUGUAUUGUCUGGUGAAGCCAUUUGGCACCAACAUGAGCAAAUAAAUGCGGUUGGUGACACUACUCCAACAAUGAAAACAAGUGUUCAUUGCAAUAACGUUGGCACUUCACAAAGCUCCUGUCCCUCAAAUGUUUCUUCCAAGGUACAACAAGAGGUUGGGAGCCGAGACACUGCCUUUUCGCUACCUGAUCUAAAUCUUCCAUUUGGGGAGGACCCUGGCUCCGAGGUUUUAUAUGGAACGAGCUGAGAAGAUUCAGAUUUGUACUAUUAUUCAGUUUUCUAAUCACGCGGCGCCAAGAUCUGCAGCAGCGUUUAGCUUAAUAAGAUAGAACUCAUCCAUCCUACGUUCCUAACGGUAUUUUAGGUUGACAAACUGAAAGUGCAAGUAUAAAAGCCCGUCUCCUCCGCCGCUUUAUGAAGUGAACGCGGCGGAUAUUAUUUUGUUUCUUUAUAGAUGAAAUCACUGAGGGUAGUGUAGAGAUCCUAACCCUGAACACAUUUUCACAUUUCCAGGUUUCUAUGUUUUGUCUGAAGUUCUUUGGGAACCCUCCUCCCUGUCCCUUUUUUUUCGUUUAUUAUAAUUUUUUUUUGGAAAUAUUGACUCUAAUGUAAUCACACUCCAUAAUACCUUAAUUCUCUGUUAUUGUCA